AACUGUUCAGAGCUGAUCUGAAGCUGCCAUGUGCCCUCACAAGGCAAGUUUACUAUAAAACACAAGGCGGGAAGCCUCAGCAACUGUGUCUUCUCAUGAGCCCACAUCCUGGAGGUGACAUCUUAACUGUGCAAUGAAGUUUUUAUGGUCCCCAUGAAGGGGAUGCUGUCUAUUUUAUUUUGGUUCAGCCGCAGCUCGACAAAUACUUCUGAGUGUCUACCAUGUGCUGGCACUGUUUUUGGCCCUUGGUAUUAAGGCUGUGAACAAAACAUUAAAAAUUUAUUUUAUAGCCUGUUUUCUGUUUUGUUAUAUCAAAACUAUUAUUCCUAGGGUCGAGAGGUGGCUUACUGGUUAAGAGCCUUGGCUGCUCCCUUCUGGAUUCCCACCGUUCUUUCGGCAGCUUACAACCAUCUGUGAUUCCUGUUCUGAGCGAUCUGACUGGUGAAGUUUGGUCUUUCGCUGUGUAUUGUAAUACUAAAUUCUGUACUCAAAGGUCUAACAGUGAAUUCUCAUGUUUACCAGCUUUUGUCGUGUAAACCUUGAUCCUUAAUUUAAAACUGUUGGUUAAAUAAAAAAUGACUACAGCCAGUUCCUGGAGAGAUUAGAGCUAGGCAGGUUUUGAGUUACCUGAUUGGGAGUGGAGAAUCAAGGAGAGGGAGAGAGAUGAGGAGGGGACAGGAGAAGGCUCUCUGAGAGGAGAUGGACCAUGAACACGUGGCCAGGAGAAACUGCAAGUAUCUGGGGUACACGGCUGGGAAGGUGUCUUAGUUUGGGUUUCACUGCUGUGAACAGACACCAUGACCAGGCAACUCUUAAAAGGACAAUGUUUAUUUGGGGCUGGCUUACAGGUUCAGAGGUUCAGUCCACUAUCAUCAAGGUGGGAACAUGGCAGCAUCCAGGCAGGCAUGGUGCAGGAGGAGCUGAGAGUUCUACAUCUUCAUCUGAAGGCUGCUUGCAGAAUAUUGGCUCCCAGGUAGCUAGGAUGAGGGUCUUAAAGCCCACACCCACAGUAACACACCUACUCCAACAGAGCCACACCUGCUAAUAGUGUCACCCCCUGGGCUGGGCAUAUAGAAACGUCACAGAAGGUCACCAGGCCAGCAGUAGAAAAGUAGAUGGGGUGACCCUCAGUAUUUGUCAAAGCCAAGUAAAAUAACCACGGUCUGAGUCUCAUUUAUUUGUAAGGGAGAUAGGUAAAGUUUAAGUUCGUCUUACUACUUCUGGCGACCUCUCCAGGCUUCUGCAGAAGAUGAGCAGCCUGCAGGCAUAAUUCUUAAGCUCCGUGGGAGGGAGCAGGAGCUGUCACAUUGUGAAGCUCCGUGGCUUUACCUCUGGGCAUUUACAGCGGGGUGUCCAUUGUCAUGUACUUCCAAGCUGGAGCAUCAUAGAUGUUUGAAUCCAAAAUCUGGCUUCUGGAUAGUUGAGACUUAACUGUGUUUCUGCAUACCGAGCAAUGUGGACUCUAGAUCCUUUGUUCAUAAGGACCUGGGCACGUUAGAGCAUCUUUCUUGACUGCACUGCUCAGGUACCUCAGGUCUUUGACAUAAUGGUGGCAAUACAGUGUUUCCUAACGACACACAGUAAACAUGACCAUAUUCUAGCCUGUGUUUUGGCUGACCCCACUGGUAAGUUCCUAGGCUGGGCAUGGUGAUACAUACCUAUAAGCUCAACAUUUGGGAGACUGAGAGAGGGGGAUGGUGAAUUCGAGGUCAGUUGGAACACAGACAUCCCUCCCCUUAUCACAAAACCAUUACAAACCCAACUGGGUGCAGUGAGUGGGUCACACCUACAACACCAGCACUGGGGAGGCUGAGGGAAGAGGCUUGCUGUGAGCUGAAGCCAGGAGGGGCCACGUGUUCCUAACCAGUCUGGCUAUGAGUCAUCUCAAGUGGGGACUGGGAACUCGGGGCCCCUGUAAGAGCGAUGCACGUUCUUAACCCCGGAGCCAUUUCUGCAGUCUGCCAGCAGCGCUGCUAAACCAUGUGGAGGCACUGAGAGGAUCGGAUGGGACGAGAAUGGUGGGAACGCUCACUGGAUUUCCCCUGCUCUGACUGAGAGAGGAGUUCAUGGAGUCCUCCCGGCUAACUCUUGACACUUUCCUUAAUGUGGGACAUUGAUCAUUUCCCUACAAUCCUGCCCUUUGGGUUUCUAUCUUCUCUGUUUCCCUGGAACUCCUGUGCUGUGUGCGGCAUGGAUAAUCCUGUUGAGGUGUUCAUAGCAGUGACUCCGCCCUUCCAGCAGACUCCAGCCGCUUGCAACUCCACCAGUAUAGUUUUGUUGCAAGUUCACUUGGGUCAGAGCAUGUUUGUUCCACGUUCACCAUGACAACUGGAUCACUGAGGGAGCUGUGAGACAGACAUCGCUGCGGUGACAGGGAGAGCCCCAAUUUAGUCAGAAUUUAUACAGAGCCCAGGGAAAGGCACUGGGGCUGGGAGAGGGAUUAGGACAAAGUGCAAUGGCUCUCAUACAUUUGAAAACACCUUAAGAAAGGCUGGUGAGAUGGCUCAGUGGGUGGUGGCACUGCCCAUGAUGCCUGAAAACCUGAGUUUGAUAUCUGGGCCCCACAGAGUGAAAGAAGAGAACUGACUCUUACAAGUUGUCCUUUGACUGCACAUCAUGUAUGUCACACACACACACACACACACACACACACACACCACACACACACACAGACACACACACACACACACAAAUGUAACAAAAUGAUGAAACACCACAGUAAAACUCAUUCAUUUGUAUGCUGACUUAAAAAGCAAUUGAUGACGAUGGUGAUGAUGGUAAUAAUGAUAAACUUACAGAAGGCUGAAUAGGCAAUAGUCACCAUCCUAAUGUAUAAUUAAUUUUUUGGUUGUCUCAAUUACCUCGUUAGUGAUCCUCCUUGUACCAAUUCUCCAGUCACUGAGUUUUGCUGUGUCUCUGGGUAGCAGUGCCUGAACUGGUGUGACCUACUUCUCUGAGUGUCUGAGACUUAGGGCAGUGUUGGUUAUGGUAUGAAGCCAAUCCCUGUAACAAGAAGGGCACAUCCCCUCCCUGACUGCUCAUGAGAAGAUGCUCUGAGCUUGUGGAGAAGUCCUCCUACCUUAGGAAGUGCACAACCCAGUGGGCUAGGGAAGCAAUAAGCAUUUUCUCCACGGUGUCUCAGGGUCCCCUGGGGCUGCUUUAGCCCUCUGCCCACAUCCCUCAGAUGGGAGGAGAGGGCAGGUGGUGCCAGGAGAUGGCUGUUUACCUCUGGGAUGAAGGGCAAGGGGGGGCCCGAAGUGGCCACUGAAGCCCGACAGGGUUGAUGGGUGAGAGAAUGCUGGCCCUUUGUGCUCUGGGAUCUGAUUGGAUGCAUUCAUCUCCUUGGGAGACAAAUGAAAUUAAUCCUCUCUCCAGAUGGCAGCAAAGUGACAGGAGCGCAGAGAUUAAAAGAGAUUGUGAGGUUAUAUGGGUGACAGCAGCCAUCAGUCGGGUUAUGAAACCUAGCACCACGCUCUACCAAGGCAGCUGGUCUGGUCUUGGAGUCUUAGCAGCUCUGCUUGUCUGAGAGUCUUCUGUGCAGCAAUGGCUUGGUUCUUCUGAGAGGGACUCUCAGCUUUUCUUGGUUCUAAAGUGACCUGUACUUGGAAUCUGUCAUUGAAUCUCCCUUCCAUGUGUCUGGCCGAGCUUCCCCAUGAGCUGCAGGAAUGGGCACAAUGUAAAAGGUCCCGAGAAGAAUUUCUCUCCCCCACCAUCCAUCCACCUUGAAUCCUCAUCCACUAAGUAAAACAUGUUCUGCACAUAACAAGACCAGCACGUUUCUCUCUUAGAGCCUGAAUUCUAGGAAGGGCUUACUGGAGGGUGGAGCAGGUAAGGAGAUAUUAGGUGAGCAGUCAAGGGAAGCAAAAUGGCGCCCUUUAUGAAGAAGACACUGAAAAGGGUGUCAUGGCAAAACACUGUGAGGAGGGGACCCUGGCUUUAGAAGAGGCAUCUUUGGAGUGAUGCUCAAAAGAUACCAAGAAACUAGUUACCUGGCAAAUGCAGGUAAGACUUUUCUAGGCAAAGGGACCAGCCAGUACAAAGGCCCCGAGGCAGGACAAGCUUGGUUUAUUCAGAGAAAUAAAAGAAAAGCUAACUGGGGCAGAGUUCAUCAGGGCUUGACAGAGAGGAGUGCCUGUGGGGUCAACAUAGGAAGUUUAGAUUUCAUAUCUUCUGUGCAGUGGAGUAGAGUUAUGACUUGUGUUCUUGUGGAUGCAUGUGUGUAUGUGUAUUCAUGUGUGUAUAUGCAGGAUCAUGUAUGCACAGAUCAUUGGGCACACACAUGAUGCACAUACGUACAUACAUGCAUGAAAAGAAAAAAACAGUGAUUUAAAUGCAUGCAAGCAAAACCAGUAAUUUAAAUAAUUACACAAAAUAAAAUACACAAAAUGACUCUUUUUAAAAAGAGAGGCACGGCAAAGAGUCUUUAGCACCACUACUUUCCUGAGGGGUGAGCUGAGCCUUGGGACUGCCCUCCAUACCACAGCAAGGAUGCUGAAGAGGAGGGAAGAAAAUGCUGCAAAGCGUGUAAGUUUGCUGAUGGGGUGACUGCUUCCAAAGCAGGUUCUGUCUUCCUCCAGUAGUGCACAAGGGUCUAGGAGCCUUAGACCAGGCUUCUGUGUGACCUCAUGUUAACUCCUGAUACCUACAGUGACUGCAUUUCUAAAUACUUUGUGAGGUACUGGCUGAAUGACUUCAGCGUAUUUGGGGGGCGGUGAAGGGAGGCAUCUUUACCUGAAGCAUUACAGUUGUGUUUUCUUCCCCUACAGCUACCAAAUUGCACAAUAUACCCCGGAAUCCAUGCAGGACUCGCAAAGUCCUCAGUACCAUGUUUUGGUUUUGUUUUUUUUUCCCCUUCGUUCAGUAUUUUUCAAAAAUUUCCCUCACCUUUCUUAGGCUUGCCCUGACUUUGAAGAUCUUUAGUCCAUGCUGGUCCCCACUACAAUGCUUGCUCAAAGGCAGUUUCCCUGGUGCAGACCAGUGGACUGGAAGACAUCAGCUGAGGCUCAGAGCCCAAGAGCCAAGCUUUAAGGUUGCCAACUAAUUGAGUUCUUCUGAGUUGAGGUGUCAGCUGGUCAGGUGGGUGUCUUUCUCCUAACAGCCCAUUCCACACCCUUUCCAGCUACAGGCAAACGCUGCUCUGUCCUCAGCUGGCUCCGAGCAUCUCUCACCUUUCCUAUCCUAGAAAAUCCUUUAAGGUUCCUAUAGAAACCCUUAGGUUUACUCUUCUGGGGUGAGAGAUGGGACAUGAUUUCCUCUGGCUCAUUCCCGCAGCUUGUGUUCAUUCAAAAAUGGUUAGCUCUGAACAGUCUGAGUCAGUAGUGAGGCUGUGCUUGCAGAGCUGAGAAGGGCAAACAGAUCAGAAGAAGAAAGGUUGCAGUUGACCUUAGAUCAAGGGCAGAGAAUACCACCUCUCCCCACUUCACUCUGAUGAUGACAACCUUACAAUGUCAUUGCUUAAAUCGCUUCUCUUCUCUGUGUAUCCCUCUGGGAAGCUGGAGUUCCUUACUGGUGGCCACAGAGGCCCAGUUCUACAGCUUUUGUCUGGUGCUUCUCUGCCUGAUCCCUAGUAUGCCUUUAUGGUCUGCUUUCAAAGUUGCAUCAAACUAGCCAUUCUGUUACCACCUCCAUUGUUGGCAUUUUGUCUAGGCUUCACCCAACAUUUACUGGACAACAGCCAGGUAUGCUUGACACACUAUAAAAGGGGCUGCUUGUCCCCUCUUCACUCUCUUCUCUUCUCUUCUCUUCUCUUCUCUUCUCUUCUCUUCUCUCCUCUCCUCUCCUCUCCUCUCCUCUCCUCUCCUCUCCUCUCCUCUCCUCUCCUCUCCUCUCCUCUUCUCCUUUCUCUUCUUCUCUUCUCUUCUCUCCUCUUUUCUCUUGCUCUUGCUCCCUUACCCUCUUCCUCCUCUCUCCUCUUCUUCUCCCCCACUCUCUCCACAUGCUCAUGGCUGGCCCCCCCCUCUGCCUUUAUUUGUCUCUACCCCCUCAACUUUCCUCCCCAUGUCCUAAAUAAACUCUAUUCUAUACUAUACCAUCAUGUGGCUGGUCUCUCAGGGGGAAGGGAUGCCUCAGCAUGGGUGCACAGAGGCACCCCUUUCCCCCACACCACAUCUCACCUCCACCAAACAUAUCCCUGGCUGCUGCUGCUGUUGCUUCUUCUUCUUCUUCUUCUUCUUCUUCUUCUUCUUCUUCUUCUUCUUCUUCUUCUUCUUCUUCUUCUUCUUCUUCUUCUUCUUCUUCUCCUCCCCUCUCCUCCUCCCCCUCCUCUUCCUCCUCCUCCUUCCCCCCUCCUCCUCCCCUCCUUCUCCUCCUCCUCACCCCCUCCUCCUCCUUCUCAUCCUCCUCCUUCUUCUACAAAUAAAACACAACACACAUACCCGUGCCCCAUCAUCCCCAUCAUGUCAGGCUCACAGCAAUCUGAACGUCAUAUCAUUGAGCUUUUCUGUGUCUCGUCCUCUAUUUUAGCAGCUCGGUGCCCCUCACAAGCUCUUAUUCAACUAAAUAAGAUUCUGCCUCCUCUUUCCUGAACCUUUAAUCCUUACAACUAAACACCAUCAUUUUAAAAUAAAAUUUUUGCCCCCUCAACCACAAAAUCUAGCAAAAUCUGAAGGUAUCCUUUUUAUUGUGAUGGUGUGGCUGUCCCUGGUAUGGGGUGGGUAAAACCCUGGCAUGCUGUCUAACAUCCCUCAAUGUACCUGUCAGACUAUCCCUCCAUUUCUGUCCCAACAAAAAUCUGACCUCCAAAUGUCAGCAGUGCUGAGGCUGAGAACCUUAGCUAAAAAGAACAAUAAAUAACAAGUACAUUUAAAAAAUGAUACAUGAUCCUUAUGAAAAAAUUGAAACUACAGAUAAGCUAAAAAGAAAAACAUAAACCUCUUAGAAAAGCCAGAAUAGUACAUUUCUGCUUUUGAUUAUUAUUAUUAUUCAAUGACAAGACAUAUUAAGGAUAAAUUGAAUCCGCUCUCGUUCCCAGCAGAGCUUAUUUAUUCUUGCUAAUUUUUAAAAAUAAAAGGACUAAAAAAAAUGAGUUGGCUGAAGUUUUUAUGGGUCAUUGGGAGAGAAAAGCAAAGUUACGCAUAGGCACUAAGUCCGUCUCUACGAAAGAUGAAUUCCAGAUCUGUCUCCAGGUAGCGGUGCCACCUGAGACUCAAUGAGAACUCUGCCAGGGGUGUGGGGAGCGCAGGAGCCCCCACUUUCCUUAGGACCUCCCUAAGGGAUGACCAGAUGUUAGUACAAAGUGCACCCCGAGACCUCCAGACUUCAGGAGUUAGAGCCUGGCCAGAGUUGCUAUUUUUUUAAAAGGGAGGUAUUUAAAAUAGUAAGAUGCGAAAAUAAUGGCCCAUGGAAGAGAAGACGCCCUUUUGUGAGUGAGAAACCCGAGACAAUGUGGCAGCAAGCCAAGUGUGUCUCUGUGCGCCCUUUGGCUGUCUGGGGACCCAGGAGAGUGGGCAGCUUCAUGUGCAUGGUAAGGUGGACGUCUAUAGGAUUGUAUCUGGCAGCAACUGAAAAAGUCUAGAUGACUCUGAAGGACGUGGGGUCAGGCAAGUGAGCGCAGAGCGGAGACAAAAUGGAUGCCACAGAUUCCCGAAGCUCCUGUCUUUGAAGGCUUUGUGCUGGCAGGGGUGCCUGGGGUGGUCUGAGGUGAAGAAGACCUAGAGUCUGAGGCCAACUCUUUACUUUUCUGAACCGGAAGUUUCUAGCGCUGGCUCAGGGACUGUCGGGAAGCUUCCAUCUGAGGAGUCUGUCCAUCACUGGUGGCGAGCAGAUUCUUCCAGACCGAAGCUGCCAGGAGUUAAUUCAAGGCAUGGCAGGAGGGAGCAGGCUCCCCAGUGAGAGAGUAAAGCAGAGCUGACUCAAGUCAGAGCAGCUGAGGAGGGUGUCACCGGGGAAUGAGCUAGGAGGGAAACCAGGGUAAGGGUGGAUGUUAAAACUGAGGUGGCAUUAGUGUGGUUUCAAGCAAGAUCCUUCAUAAUGUGACCCAACCAACCGUAAAAUGAUCUGAAGGAUUGCUAGGGAAUCUCUGUAGUAGAUCAUGAAUUUGAAGUCAAGCUGAGCUACAUAGCCCGACCCUGUCACAAACACAGUGAAAAAGAAUUCUUCGGGUAAUCUUCAAACAGAAAUAAAAUAGAAAUGAUACAGAAGGAGAGGGUGGCCUCAUCGCCCCGCCCCCAGCUUUUAAUCAUGGCCCCACCCUAUCGAGUCCUAGUGAUGUUCCAGCCAAGUGUUGACAUCAUGCCAUCUUGUCUGUACUUAGUCCAGAAUCUACUGCUAGAAAGAAAGUAAUUUGAAUUUGUCGUCAAGUGUACAUCUCUUCUUUAAAUGCUAUCACCACUGAUCUGGAAACACAAGAAACAGUAGCACAUCAGAAAGUCCCUUUCUGUGCCUUCCCACGGUAAGAUGGUGCUUCUUCGCUCAUGUUGUUUUCUGGGCACGCCUCUCUCAUUGUCACCAACAAUAUUCCUUGUCUGUGCCCUUCAUUAGUGUUCUGCUGAUUUUUAAAAUGUUUUUAUAUCAUAUAUUAUUUACACACAGUGGAUUUCAUUAUGAUAUUCUCAUGCAUGAAUAUGAUGUAUUUUGGUCAUAUUUACCCUCUGAUUAUUUUUUUUUUCCUGAAAGACAUGGUCUCUAGUGCAGGUUGUCCUGGAUGUCUUUUUUUUUUUUUUUUUCAGUUACUACUGUACUUUAUUGUGUUCAACCAAAUCACCAUGUUACAAAAAUAGCAAGCUGCCAUAAUAAAAAAUAAGGCUCCUCUAUCCAGCACCAGAGAGCAUCAUUUUACUUUCAAGCCUAGAAAUUGCACACUUGUAUAUAAACCAAUCGAAGAUGAGGAUUGAGAGUUCAUCUUGGUGGAUUUUUCCUUUGAUGAAUAUGAAGUGUCCUUCCUUAUCUUUUUUGAUGACUUUUAAUUGAAAAUUGAUUUUAUUUGAUAUUAGAAUGGCUACUCCAGCUUGCUUCUUCUGACCAUUUGCUUGGAAAGUUGUUUUCCAGCCUUCCACUCUGAGGUAGUGUCUGUCUUUGUCUCUGAGGUGUGUUUCCUGUAGGCAGCAGAAUGCAGUGUCCUCGUUGCGUAUCCAGUUUGUUAAUCUAUGUCUUUUUAUUGGGGAGUUGAGGCCAUUGAUGUUGAGAGAUAUUAAGGAAUAGUGAUUAUUGCUUCCUGUUAUAUUCAUAUUUGGAUGUGAGGUUAUGUUUGUGUGCUUUUCUUCUCAUUGUUUUGUUGCCAAGACGAUUAGUUUCUUGCUUCUUCUAGGGUAUAGCUUGCCUCCUUAUGUUGGGCUUUACCAUUUAUUAUCCUUUGUAGUGCUGGAUUUGUAGAAAGAUAUUGUGUAAAUUUGGUUUUGUCAUGGAAUAUCUUGGUUUCUCCAUCUAUGUUAAUUGAGAGUUUUGCAGGAUACAGUAACCUGGGCUGGCAUUUGUGUUCUCUUAGGGUCUGUAUGACAUCUGUCCAGGAUAUUCUGGCCUUCAUAGUUUCUGGCGAAAAGUCUGGUGUGAUUCUGAUAGGUCUGCCUUUAUAUGUUACUUGACCUUUUUCCCUUACUGCUUUUAAUAUCCUUUCUUUAUUUUGUGCGUUUGGUGUUUUGACAAUUAUGUGAUGGGAGGUGUUUCUUUUCUGGUCCAAUCUAUUUGGAGUUCUGUAGGCUUCUUGUAUGCCUAUGGGUAUCUCUUUUUUUAGGUUAGGGAAGUUUUCUUCUAUGAUUUUGUUGAAGAUAUUUACUGGUCCUUUGAGCUGGGAGUCUUCACUCUCUUCUAUACCUAUUAUCCUUAGGUUUGAUCUUCUCAUUGAGUCCUGGAUUUCCUGUAUGUUUUGGACCAGUAGCUUUUUCCGCUUUACAUUAUCUUUGACAGUUGAGUCAAUGAUUUCUAUGGAAUCUUCUGCUCCCGAGAUUCUCUCUUCCAUCUCUUGUAUUCUGUUGGUGAAGCUUGUAUCUACAGCUCCUUGUCUUUUCUUUUGAUUUUCUAUGUCCAGGGUUGUUUCCAUGUGUUCUUUCUUGAUUGCUUCUAUUUCCAUUUUUAAUUCCUUCAACUGUUUGAUUGUGUUUUCCUGGAAUUCUUUCAGGGAUUUUUGCGAUUCCUCUCUGUAGGCUUCUACUUGUUCUCUAAGGGAGUUCUUUAUGUCUUUCUUGAAGUCCUCCAGCAUCAUGAUCAAAUAUGAUUUUGAAACUAGAUCUUGCUUUUCUGGUGUGUUUGGAUAUUCCGUGUUUGCUUUGGUGGGAGAAUUGGGCUCCGAUGAUGCCAUGUAGUCUUGGUUUCUGUUGCUUGGGUUCCUGCGCUUGCCUCUCGCCAUCAGAUUAUCUCUAGUGUUACUUUGUUCUGCUAUUUCUGACCGUGGCUAGACUGUCCUAUAAGCCUGUGUGUCAGGAGUGCUGUAGACCUGUUUUCCUGUUUUCUUUCAGCCAGUUAUGGGGACAGAGUGUUCUGCUUUUGGGCGUGUAGUUUUUCCUCUCUACAGGUCUUCAGCUGUUCCUGUGGGCCUGUGUCUUGAGUUCACCAGGCAGGUUUCUUGCAGGGGAAAAGUUGGUCCUACCUGUGGUUCCAAGGCUCAAGUUUGCUCGUGGGGUACUGCCUAAGUCCUCUCCGGGGCGGCAGCAACCGGGAAGAUCUGCGCCGCUCUUUCCGGGAGCCUCCGUGCACCAGGGUUCCAGAUGGCAUUUGGUGUUUUCCUCUGGCGUCUGGAUGUGCACAGAGUGCAGUCUCUUCUGGUUUCCCAGGCGUGUCCGCCUCUCUGAAGGUUUAGCUCUCCCUCCCACGGGAUUUGGGUGCAGAGAACUGUUUAUCCGGUCUGUUUCCUUCAGGUUCCGGCGGUCGUCCUGGAUGUCUUUAAUUAACUGAGGCUGACCUUGAACUUGUGACUGUCCUGCCUCUACCUCCCAAGCACUGCUUUGACAGGGAAGCGUCCCCAUGUCCAUGCCCAGUUUGUAAGGAGCUGGUAAUGGAACCUACGGCCUCCGUUGUCUAGUAGGUGGUCCACAGUUGAGUUACACGCAUACCCCUCUACUAAUAUUUAACAUCAUGUGCUCAGUAAGCAUCAUGUGCCUCUCAGUGUUUCCCAGGGAGGUUCAGUUGGAGCCAUCUGUCUACUUCAGGACAACAAAGAAAGAGUAAAACCUGGCUUUUCAGGAAACCUUUCUUUUUUUUUUUGCUUCUUUUUUUCCGGAGCUGGGGACCGAACCCAGGGCCUUGUGCUUCCUAGGUAAGCGCUCUACCACUGAGCUAAAUCCCCAGCCCCCAGAAUUCAGGAAACCUUUCUAAGAAAGGGAAUCCCUAAAGGAGAGCUAAGAAGAAAGCCAAGGAUGGCGGGAAAGUGAGAAGGGACAUCAGCCAGCCUUGAAGAUUUGCCCCAAGAUUUGCCAUAUGGAGUUCAACAUUUCUGACUAUUUGAGAAUAUUAUUAGUAAAGAACCUACCAAUCAAUCAAUCCAGAGAGCUCUUCAGAACCUCUAUCCUGAAGAGAGCACCUCAUGUGAUUGCUUUGCUUUACCUGUAUUUGCAUAUUUAUAUAUGGCUUUCAUGAACCUAUAUAGAAAUACAUAUAAAACUAAAAUCCACAGCCAAGUGUCGCCUCAGUGCCACUUUCUCAGCGUGGGGACCUCCCAAGCAUCCCCUGUGCUAGUCACUGUCACCUCUGUCCACCUUGCCUCUCUCCACCCUAAGGCUCACUGUCACUUCCUUGUGGGGCUCACAGUGUUUUCUAGUGCUGGGGACAUGGCAAGGAACAAGAAAGACUGGAGCCCGGUCCUCGAGUGCACAGCCAAGUGAGAAUACAAUUUGCAGAGGUUUUCUUUUUUUCCUUAAAAAAAUUUUAUUUCCUUAUUUAUGUAUGCGAGCUCUGUUUUCAUGCACACCAGAGGAGGAAAUUGGACCCCAUUUCACAUGGUUGUAAGGGACUAUGUGGUUGCUAGGAAUUGAACUCAGGACCUUUGGAAGAACAGCCAAUGCUUUAAAGCGCUGAGCCAUCUCUCCAGCCCCAACUUGCAGAGUUUUAAGAAUGUGAAUACAUCCUAGAGGGAACCAAGCCUUUCUAGAGCAAAUACCUGGAAGGGCAGUUGUUCAAGGGAAGAGCUGUAUUUUCAGCCUCUGUGUGUGUGUGUGUGUGUGUGUGUGUGUGUGUGUAUGCCUCUGUGUGCAUACAUAUGUGUGUAGUGUCUUCAGAAGAGGGCGUUGGACUCCCUGGAGUUGGAGUUGUAGGUAAUUGUAAGCCACCCCACAUAGGUGCUGGAAACGUACUCUCUAAGAGCAAUUGAGUCCUCUGUAAGAGCAGUAAGAGCUCUUAGUCAAUGGACCACCUCUCCAGCUCCCUUUUUUAUCUAUUGUGUCUACUGUCUCAUCUGUUGUUACACACCGCCUUCUGUUUUAGGAAAGAAUACCACAGUCUUGUUCCUACUAUAAUUGAAAGGUCUUUGGGAGACCACUCCUGCAGAGUUAUGUAUACCUGUUGUCUUAGGGUUUCCAUUGGAAACUCUUAUAAAGGACCACAUUUAAUUGGGACUGUAUUAUAGGUUCAGAGGUUCAGUCCACUAUCAUCAAGGCAGGAACAUGGCAGCAUCCAGGCAGGCAUGGUGCAGGAGGAGCUGAGAGUUCUAUAUCUUGUUCCAAAGGCUAACAGAAGAUUGGCCCAGGUUAUCUAGGAGGAUGGUCUCAAAGCUCACCCCUUAGUGACAUCCCUCCUCUAAAAAGGCCACCCCUAAUAGUGCCACUUCCUGGGCCAAGCAUCUGUGCAAGAUGAACAACUGUGCAUGGUCCAUCCCACUCUCCAAGUCACUUUAAUAUGGAUUGACUCGUUUCAGCAGACAUUCUGUAGUUAAAAAUCAUCACAGAAAAGUCUAAAAUUAGAAUAUAAAUAUGACUGCAUAUGUUGAGAUAAGAAUUGUGUUCAUUUAAUCGCAAAUUAUUUACAAAUUCUUUUCUAAUGUUAGCUAUCAAGUUCACAGGGAAAAAGCUCGGUUGGACAUUGGAAUGAGAGGUAAACCAGUGUCAAAAGGCUUUGAUUUGAAGAGAGCCGGAAAAAGGUGGUGAGGGGCAUAGUUUGGGGGUAUCCCUAGGGAAGGUAUACGUAAAGUGGUGAACUGGCACUCAGAAUUGUGGCCUGUGUGAGUCCAUUUGAAUUGUCAGUUUCCCCGAGGUGCUAGAAGCAGGGACAAGCCAGCCAAGUUCAUGCAGGGAGGAAACUGAUCUCACUGGUCCAAGGCACGAGGGAUGAGUUUCACAGACUCUGAAGCCACAUGUUUACUGCAGGAGGCAAUUCUGAACAGACAGGGGAAAGACUUGAGGUAGGGGAUGGGCAAACAAGAGGGCGUGCCCUGAUUCUGCUGUGAAGACCGAAGAGAACACAGAAACAGCACUUUACUAAAUACAGCCCUCUAAGUCCUUCCCCGACUCCUUCAUAGUCUUUGUCCCAAGAACCAUUUGCCAGGAAGGGUCAGAAGCCCACUGAAACCAUCAGAAAGGAUGAUCACGUAAAGUCUACACGUUGGAAAAAAAAAAAAAAAACAGGUGCUCAUGGACACCGGACUCCCCUGCUUCUGGCUUUGGCCUCCUGACCUCCCCUGCCAGAUGCUCACCUCUAGGCUACCCUGGCUUCUUCUCUGUUCUGACUGCUGGACCAACAUCCUUGGGCCACUGCUGUAGCUAAGUGUGGCAAACUGAUGCCACACUUAAAACACAGGAAAGGAUUUGUUCACAGCUCAGAGAUGAGUCAGAAAUGAGCGCGUCUGCGGGGCUCUCUCCAGCACUGGCUCUGGGGAAUCUCUGUGCGAGGGUCUUCCUAUGGCUCUUCACACGGGCCACACUCAGCACCACAUCACUACUUUAAUUGUGGCCGCCCAGUUUCUCUGGUGUUGCCAGUUUGCCACGUUCACAACUGCUCGGUCCAUGCCUCGGGGAGGAGGAACUUAACACACAAUCAACUCUCAAAGCCGUUUUCCCCACUCCCAUGUUAUAGUUGACCUGCUCACUCACCGUCUUCAAGACUUUCCCUGAAAGCGGUGUCCUCCACGGACCCUACUACUCCCAUCACUGAGACCUGUCCAGCCCUUCUGCACUGACAACUUCCGGUCCCUUCAAAGCUGUUCUUCCCCACAGUGUGUAUUAUUCUUUGAACUUACUAGAUAUCUUCUGUAUUGGGUUGCUUUUUAAUUUUCUCAAGGGAAAAUAUAAAUUAUUUUGGGGCAUUUACAAUUUUUUAGUAGUAUUGUGUAUUUUUUUUUCCUUUUCUUUUUUUAGGAGCUGGGGACCGAACCCAGGGCCUUGUGAUUGCUAGGCAAGCGCUCUACCACUGAGCUAAAUCCCCAACCCCGUGUAUUUUUUUUAAAGCAAAAUUUCAAGUGGAUGCCACUUUCCUUGUCUGCAUGUGAUUAAGAUUUAGGCCAACCUUUUCUUGAGUGACUUUUCCAUACAUUUGGUAUUUGUUCUGGACGCUUUAAGAAACAGCAACACACAUAGUUGCAUUUCUCAAUACCAAAGUAUGCAAUCAUCUCGGGCUGUGGUUUCAAUUAGCAUAGCAAAGGCAGUGAAUGCUUUCUUCCUGGCGUCUGGAUUAAAGGGGCUGUUUUCACUUUCUAGCCUAGCUCCCUUUCCUCCUCCUCCUUACGAAAAACAUCUAUGGUAUCCACACUAUGUUGGUCAUUUAAAAAAGGCAAGCAAGAUUCCCAUAGAGUCUGUAAUUCCAUUUUGGUAAAUGAAGAAACAGCAGAGGUAUCCAUGGUAUAUGUUUUAUAUAAAAAGAAUCUAGAAGGAAAUGCAUCGAAUGGGUACAUUUAUGUAUGGAUGUAUACCAUUUAUGUGUGUGUACACACAGAGAUGUGUUACUCUGGUGAGAGAAAGAUAGAGUCAGAUGAAAUGUCUUCCAUUAGGCAGAGAGGUUUCCAUGGCACAGGACACCAAACUCAGCCCACUGCAGAAGAAGUCUCUUGUUUCUCUUCUACUUCCAUGGAAACUAACCAUUACCGUGAACACAGACUUCAGAGGAAGUGAGCAGAGGAAGCCUGGAGGGACUAGAAAGACUAUUCCUGCCUCAGAUGGUGUGGAUUUGCUGCUGCUGAUGUUUUAUUUCUUUAUUGUAAUAAAAACAUGCACCUGGGUGCUUGUUGUCAAAGGAGGUGACUGUGGGUUUGGGGGAAGGGUCUUGGGGCCUGAGGCAAACCUUUUCUGCCUUCAGGAGGAUGGGGUGUGGUGUUCAUGGGUUCAUCCUUGGAUGCUUCCACUCUCAGUCUGUCUCGGGCUUCAUGCCUGUGCCUAGGAAUCAGAAUUUUGUUCUUACAUUUUUAUUAGUUUGCUUGUAUGGAGCCCAGGCUGUUGUAGGCUCGUGGUCUUCCAGCUUUGGCUUCAGAACACUGGGGUGAUGUUUGCGCACCCCCGUGUCUGGGUUAUGAAUGGGAAUCUCAGCCAAUGCCCCUCUGCUAUUUUCCAGCACCUAUGCAGCAGUCUGCAUCAGCGUCCAGCUUGGCCUUUUGGAUGCACACCCCUCAGAUUUGAGAAAUCACUGGGGGUGACUCACAGAGAUCUGGAAAGCUCUUUCCUUAUUAUUGUCUUAUCCUUAAUGUUAAUGCAAGACCCGCUUUAUCGGAGAAAUCUAUAGAGUGAGGGAAGGGAAUGGUGUGUAGAGCUUCCGGGCUCUUUCUGAGUCAUCUCUAUCCAGAAUAUCAACCAGUACUCCAGCACAGAAACUUCCUGACCUCCAUUCAGAAGUUUUUAAUCAGUGUUCUUUACAUAAGUAAGAUUGAUCAAGUCAUUGGCCACUGGUGACUGAACUCAGUCUCCAGCCUGGUUCCCUUCUGGAAGUUAGGAGUUGGCUGAACUGUCCAGUCCACCAGGGACAUGGUUGGCCAGCCCUUCCCUUAAAACAGCGGCCCAUUUUCUCAUUCCAUUUGUAGUGCUAUGACAGAAUGCUGCAGACUCGAUCAUUUGUAAGAAUGGAGAUUUCUUUCUUAUAGUUCUGGAGGCUGCAAAGUCCAAAGUCAGGAUUGUUGCAGAUGCAGUGCUGGUGAGGCUGCACUCGCUCCCAGGAGCCCCUUGCUGUUGUGACUUCUGGAUGAGACCAGCCCUGUGUCUUUUUGCAGAAGGCAAAAAGAGUCUGGCAUAUUCCUUCAAGCCCCUUUGUCUGGGUGCUAAUUUUAUUCCUGAGUCAGAUGCUCUUCCUCUUAAUACGGACACACUGAAUUUUAGACUCUAACAUAUGAGUUUCGGAGGGACACAUACAUUCAAACCAUAGCACUUGCUAAGAGCCAUCUUGCUAGCUAGCAAGUGUACUUUGUAAUGAGCUGUUUAUGUGUAUGUGUGUUAUGUGUAGUCAUUCCUACAUGUACACGUGUACGGGUGCAGGCCACAGGCUGUUAUAUGUCUUCUUUAGUCAUUCUGUACCUUAUUUUCUGAGACAGGGUAUUUCACUGAACCCAGAGGUCUUCAGUUGUUUAGACUGGCUGGCCAUCCUUCUGUUUCUGCUACCAGUCCUUCACUUUAUGUUAGUGUUUGGUUCUGAACCCAGGUCCUCAAAUUUAUGUAGCAGGCACUUUUACUGAAUGAACCAUGUCCCCAGAACUGCUGUGAAGUGUCCUUUAUAUAACAUAAAAAGGUGCUUCUGGGGCCGAAGAGUUGUUAAGAGUACAUGUUGUUCCUUCCUGAAGAUUUGAGUUGUUCCAAGUACCCAUGUCAGGGUCACUGUACUCACAUGUACGCAUGUAGGCAUGUGCAAACACACAGAUAUGCACACACAAAUACGCACACAGGCACACACACGGUCACACAUGCACAACCUAAAAGCUACCACAAACAAACCAAGAAGAUACUCAUUGCUUAGGAAGCUCCAAGAGUUUCAGUUGUCCUGUUCUGGAAC